UUUUAAUAUUUUAAUCUUGAUAUGCUCAAAUAUAAGUGUUUGGUAGUUUAUAAUUUUGAAUGCCAUAUUUGCAAAUCCUCUUGAAAAUAUUGGGCCAACAUCUGGAUUCCCAAAUGCAAUCUCCAUCUUAGCUCUAAUUUUUUUUAGACCUCUGGAUUGAGUCAAAACUCCGGACUACCAGGUCAAAAUAAGCUGCCUCUAUACGGUAACUCAAAUCCAUUACAAAUUCCCCCAAAUCUCAAACAAAAAAGCUUUGUUCCAAGCUGCUAAUGGUGAAUCUUCUGUUAUGCUGAAAGAGCUCGCCAUCUUAGCCCAACUGAUCCAAUCCUACGCCCUAACCGGCAAGCUUCAGAAGGGCAAGCAGCUCCAUGCACACCUCCUCACAUCCACUGGCAUCUCUUCCACCUUCAUCGCCAACCACCUUCUUAACAUGUACGCCAAGUGCGGCGACCUCACGCACGCCCUCUCCAUGUUCGACCAUAUGCCAAAAAGAAAUCUCAUCACUUGGACAGCCAUGAUAACGGGCUUCUCCCACAACGCCAGGUUCCUCGACUCCGUCCUGACUUUCUCCAACAUGUGCGCCGCCGGUAUUCAACCGACCCAGUUCGCCUUCUCCAGCGCCGUCCAAGCUACUACCUCUCUCAGAUCGCUUGCAUUCGGGAGGCAACUGCACUCUCUUAGCCUGAAGCUAGGCUACCACGCAGAGUUGUUCGUCGGCAGCAAUCUCGCUGACAUGUACUCUAAAUGCGGCUCUUUGGACGUCGCUUGCAGGAUUUUUGAGGAGAUUCCGGAAAAAGACGAGGUUUCCUGGACGGCCAUGAUCGAUGGGUAUGCAAAGAACGGCGAUUUCCAUGAAGCUUUGAUGGCAUUUCGCAAAAUCCUUGAUAAUGAAAACCUCGUCGCCGAUCAGCAUGUUUUUUGCAGCGCUCUCAGCGCUUGUGCUGGGCUGAAAGCUGGUAAACUAGGCCAAUCAAUCCAUGCCAGUGUAGUGAAAUCAGGCUCUUCGGCAGAGAGCGCUGUCAGCAAUUCACUCACAGACAUGUAUUCCAAGGCUGGAGACAUGGAGAGCGCCGUAACUGUUGUUAACACCUUUCCAAAUGGCUGGAAUGUUGUGUCGUGUAGCUCGUUGAUCGACGGCUAUGUCGAGAUGGAUCACAUGGAAGAAGCGAUUAACACAUACGCUGAAUCAAAAAGGCGAGGACUUUACCCGAACGAGUUCACCUUCUCGAGCUUGAUCAAGGCUUGCGCUAACGAUGCCGCUCUGGAUCAAGGUACCCAACUCCAUGCUCAGGUGAUCAAAACAAGCUUCAUUCUUGACUCCUUCGUCUGCGCCGUUCUCGUCGACAUGUACGGCAAAUGUGGCCUUCUCUUCUCUUCAAGUCAAAUAUUUGAAGAAAUUGAAAACCCGACCGACAUCACCUGGAAUUCCAAAAUAAACGUCUUGGCACAGCACGGCUGCGGGAAGGAGGCUAUUGAAGCAUUUGAUCAAAUGGUUGCAUGGCACAUUAAACCGAACCAUGUAACCUUUGUCAGCCUUCUAAUGGCCUGCAGCCAUUCCGGACUAGUAGAGCAGGGGCUUCAAUUCUUUGGUUCGAUGAACGAAGCCUUCGGCGUCGAGCCGAGAGAUGAACACUACUCCUGCGUAAUCGACAUGCUCGGGCGAGCUGGGAGGCUCGAGGAAGCUGAGAUAUUCAUCGGUAAGAUGCCUUCCGAGCCGAACGCCUACGCUUGGUGCUCUCUUCUCGGUGCCUGCCGGACGCACGGGCGGAAAGAGCUUGGCGAGCUGGCGGCGGAGAAGUUGAUGAGAUUAGAACCGGAGAACAGCGGAACCCACGUUCUUCUCUCGACCAUCUACGCCGGUGUGGGGCAGUGGGAAGACGUGAAGGCGGUGAGGAGGCUGAUGAAGGAUAGCGGGAGGAAGAAGCUCCCGGGGCUGAGCUGGAUUGAGGUGGAGAAGAAAACACAUGUGUUCGGCGCUGAGGAUUGGUCGCAUCCGAGGAAGGACGAGAUCUACAAGAAAAUGGAGGAACUGUUGAUGCGGAUCAGAGGAGAAGGGUAUGUACCUUACACGGCGGCGGUUGUGAGCAAGGUCGAGGAAAGCGAAAAGGAGAGGCUUUUGAGGCAUCACAGUGAAAGAAUCGCGGUGGCGUUCGCACUUAUAAGCUCGCCGGCGGGAAAACCGAUUAUUGUGAAGAAGAAUCUGAGGGUUUGUGUGGAUUGCCAUUCGGCCAUGAAGCUUAUUGCGAAGGUGGAGAGGAGGUUGAUUAUUGUAAGGGAUAGUGCUCGGUUUCACCAUUUUCAGGAUGGCAACUGCUCUUGCAGGGAUUAUUGGUGAAACAAUAUAAAUUGUUUAGAUUUUUAUUAAAUUAAAUGAUUUAAAUUCUAUAA